ACCGAGAAUUUAUCUGGCCAAGCGAUCAGAUGCACAGAGGAUGCAGUUGUUGCAGUCAAAAAGAUUGCUCGCAUGGGUCCGAAGGCUGUUAUCACCACUCUGGGAUCGAAAGGUGCCGUUGUGGCCACAAAAGACUCUUUUGUGGCUCACGUCUCGGUGCCACCAGUCAGAGCUACUGAUGUUACGAUGAACUUAACAUUCAUUGAAUAA